AAAGCCAACAAAACCCGUUCUCAUACAGGCAAUUCUAACGCAGCCCUCAUCCCAUCCUGAAAACGUUGCUCCAUACAAGAAGAAGGAUCGGAUUUACAGUACCAACUAGAAAGUCCAGUUCGACCAUAAGAGAUGUCACAGGAGCAUGACAAUAAGCGGGCAGUGCUCGUGCUACAGAAUGAUCCGGCUUACAACCAGCGGCGUCCUUACACAAGUGAGGAUGAGGCCUGGAAGUCGUUCCUGGAGAACCCCCUCACAGCCGCCACCAAGGCAAUGAUGAGCAUCAAUGGAGAUGAAGACAGUGCCGCAGCUCUGGGUUUUCUAUACGAAUACUACAAGGUGCCGCGGGAAAAGAGAACAAUAUCCCAGCCAAAGGCUGACGUCCUGGGCUCUGAUGUGGAUCCCAACAAAAGAAACUUGAUGACCACUCUCCAAGCGCCAUCGCCAGAGAACCGAAUCCAGGUUCUGAAAGGAGUAAAUAUCGUUCUUCCAGGGAACCAGCACACCCAGGACAAGAGAGGCCUUUUCCCCUCACCCGAUACUACAGUGACAGUAUCCAUUGCGCCUGGGCCAAACUACCCAGUGAAGACUGAGGGUCCAUCACAUGGAUUCUCCGUCACAGUCCCCAAUCCACACUGCUCAGAACCAGACAGUCACACGGUGGUAUUCGACCCUCAGCUCCCCCACAACCAGUUCAGUCCGAACACUCAGCCACGCACCCCAGACUCGACCUUCCCAGAGAACUCAGAUGUGUUCGCGUUCCCAAGGGAUCUCCAGUUAGGCAUGGGUCCCAUCCCGCAAGAGGACUAUGCCACUUUUGACACAGUGUCAGGUAAUAAUUUUGAAUACACAUUAGAUGCCUCCAAGUCUCUCAGACAGAAAUCUGGUGAUGGCACAAUGACAUACCUCAACAAGGGACAGUUCUAUCCCAUCACCCUCAGGGAAACCGACAAUGGCAAACUGCUGCAUGGCCCCAUCUGUAAAGUCAGGAGUGUUGUGAUGGUAGUGUUCGGAGAAGAGAAAUCCAGAGAUGACCAACUCAAGCACUGGAAAUACUGGCACUCAAGACAGCACACGGCCAAGCAGAGAUGCAUUGAUAUUGCGGACUACAAAGAAAGUUUCAACACCAUCAGCAAUAUUGAGGAGAUUUCAUAUAAUGCCAUUUCAUUCACAUGGGACAUCAGCGAGGAAGCAAAGAUCUUCAUCUCAGUGAACUGUCUGAGCACAGACUUCUCCUCUCAGAAGGGAGUGAAGGGCCUACCGCUCAACCUACAGAUCGACACCUACAGCUACAACAACCGCAGCAAUAAGCCUAUCCACCGCGCUUACUGCCAGAUUAAGGUCUUCUGCGACAAGGGUGCAGAGCGCAAGAUCCGUGAUGAGGAGAGGAAACAGUCCCGUAGGAAGGGCAAAUGCCCUGAAGUCAACCCUCCUUUGGGAAAUUUUGGGCCAGAUGUCAAGGUUCCCCUUCUGCACAAGCGCAGCGACAUCACCAUCUUCAAGACAAUGACGGACUUCGAGACGCAGCCUGUUCUUUUCAUCCCCGACAUCCAUUUCUCCACCUUCCAGCGUCAUCCUUUCUCUCCGGAGGACUCAGAGGAGGGCUCAGCUAUGAAGAGAUUACCUUACUCCGAGGAGGAGUUUGGAUCACCUCCCAAUAAGCUGGCAAGGAUGGAUGAGCCCAAAAGAGUUUUGCUGUAUGUGCGCAAGGAGGCAGAGGAAGUGUUUGAUGCUCUCAUGCUGAAAACUCCCACUCUAAAAGGCCUGGUGGAAGCGAUUUCAGAGAAAUAUGACGUUCCUCUUGAGAAGAUGGGAAAGGUCUGCAAGAAAUGCAAGAAAGGGAUCUUGGUAAACAUGGACGACAACAUCAUCAAGCACUACUCCAACGAGGACACCUUCCAGAUCCAGAUUGAGGAAAUGGGAGGAAUGUUUAAGCUCACGCUGACAGAGAUUUGAAGAUCCUACAGACUGGUUUACACCAGGCUUCCUGAUCUAUUAGGACACAACAGAUCCCUCAGCAACUCACUGUCAUCUUUUAGCAUAGUCUAAUGAACAGUUGUGGGGUGACCUAAUACAGUAUAUGAGCCUUAAGUACUUUGUGAAUUGAGAGUGAAAUAAUAGAAUCUCUCUGAUGUGUUUCUGCCAAAUACCUUGAAGGUUUUGAGCCAUAUUUUCUAUUUUACCUGAGUAUAAGCAGAUGGCUGUCUUUUUAUCCCUUCUCAAUUGUUUUGUGAUGCUGAAAGAGAGGUCACAAUUACAAUUUACUAUUAGUUUUCCUCUUUAAAGUCAUAGCACUGGAGAUGCUAAUCUCAAAAAAGGAUGAAUGAAUAGGAUGUAGUGAAAUGGGUUUGGGGAAUGUGUAUUGAUAUUAAUAACCCUGAGCAGUAUUUAGUGAGUACAGUAUAUUAUCUCUUGCUCAGCAACUCUAUGAGAUGCAGUGUCACAAGCACUGUACAGUAUGUGUGUAACUUUUAUUCCCUAGAAAAAAAUCAACAUCAAUCUAAAUUCAACUUUAGACUUCCCCAAAGUCUGUCAUUCCUUAUAUGAACAAAUAAGGUCCAUACAACAGGGCCUCUGAUAAAUCCUUCAGAAGGCAUUUUCAAAAUGUGAUCCAUAGAGAAUCGGUAUAAACUUUCUUUGUUUUAACUAAAUAACACUAGAGAUUUAUAAGCACAUUAUUUUGUAUUGCUAGCAAAUGAACUGUGAUUUUGUUGAAUUUGCAAUCAGUGCUAAUGUAAUUCAUGAUUACCAAAGUUACAAUAUCAGGAAGUGCAUGCAAGUAUCUUUGAAGACAAUCAAAUAAAUAGUUACAUUUUGUUUAUUUGGUUACACAGUAACCAUUAUAUGAUGCCCCAUAAACUACUGUUAUUUUGAUUGUACUGACCUCAGUGCACAUGCUAAAACUAUAAUUCAUAUUUCACUUCUGAUUAUGCAUUCCCCUUUCUAAAUUUUUUUUGUUUCUGAUUAAAUGUACAGCUUUUGAUUCAUUUUUCUAAAUGUAACUGAUACACUCUUUGUAUCAUUUCUUUUGUAUAUAUUUAUUGACACUGGGAUGGGACUGUUUUUUUAACUAUAACAAAGUUUUCUAUACUAUUUUACAUUUUUACAUGGAAUCAUUCAAAAUGAUCUAUUUAUGCAAAUGGGAAUAUUUGUAGUUUGUUGUUAAUGUCUGAUUUGGAUUUAAUGUGCAUAUUUAAGUGUUCUUAUACACACAGAUAUUGUUUUCCUUUACUUCUUAACUAUUGGUCAGACAUGUUUCUUUUUUGUAUCAGAUACACAUCUGAAGCUCCAAUAAAAGCCACUUGGGCCCUUGUAUUUUA